AUGGGGCGCGAGGAACAGACCGAGGAACGGGAAGUUCUAGACUCCAUUUUUCCAGACGAAAUCACAGAUAUAUCAGAGACAGAGUACCGGAUAUCAAUCACCCUUGAUCUCCUCGACGAUGAAUCCGAACCACCAGUCAUCCUACUCACAGUGCGCUAUCCGGAAGAUUACCCAGAUAAAGCGCCUCUGUUGGAGCUGGCCGCGCCUCAAAACUCAAUCCCCCAUGAAUACAUAAACAUCGCCGAGGACAAGGAUCAGUUGCUACGGGGGCUGGAAGAGGUGAUCGAGGAAAACCUUGGUAUGGCCAUGGUAUUUACCUUGGUUUCGGCCGUUAAGGAAGCUGCCGAGCAAUUGGUGGAGGAGCGUAAAGCAGCCGCCGCGAAGGUGCAAGAAGAAGCUGCCCUCGCGGCUGAACGGGAGGAAAACAAGAAGUUCCACGGCACUCCGGUCAAUCGCGAAACGUUCCUAAGUUGGAGGGAGGGCUUUCUGAAGGAAAUGGAGGAGAACCGGAUCCGAGAGGAGGAAGAACGGGCAGCAGAACUGAAGAAAGCUAGGAUAAAGGAGCCGGCGAAGCUCACAGGGAAGCAACUGUGGGAGCGGGGUCUUGCCACAGCUGGUCAGGAAGAAAACGACGAGGAUGGUGUGCCGACGGAAGAUGUACAGAAACUCAAAGUUGGUGACAAUUAA